ACUGCCUCCAUGUCCGACUACGACCACGAUCCAACCCAUAUGUAUGUACUGUAUAUUAUAAAGCGAACUCAGCAGCAUAUGGAGGCUCGUGGAGGCAUAGAUCGAUCUGCAAUGAAACCAACCGCCGGUAUGUUCCCCAUGUUUCCGCCGCCGCCGUCGCUGCCUUUCCACCACACGUUCCCCGUGGUGCAGGCCCCGCCGCCGUUCUACUUCCAUGCAGUUGCAGUCCCCGUGCCGUCAUCCGCGGUGCCAGUGUGCUCCGUGUGGGCGUGGAACUUCAGGGAUGAAUCUGACAAGCUCUGCCACUUGGCGUGGAAGGCCCGGUACGUGGCCGUCGACAUGCACUACCCGGGCCUCGUCCACCACGCCGGCAAGGACCACAACAUCCUUACCGUGGAGGAGCGCUACGCCGUCGUGAAGGCUAACGUGGACGCCCUCAAACCGCUCCAGGUGGGCAUCGCCCUCCGCGACCAACAUGGCCAGCACCUCGGCGCGUGGGAGUUCAACCUCCGCGGCUUCUGCGCCCAGGCCGACCCGCACGACGACAGCUCCCUGGCGUACCUCGCCGGCCGCGGCCUCGACGUGGACAGGCUCAGCGUCCGCGGCCUCAGCGCCAAGAUGCUCAGGGAGGCGCUGCUGCGUUCCGGACUGUUGGACCCUCGGUGUGCGCGGUCGUGGAUCACCUACGCCGGGGCCUACCACGUCGCAUACCUCCUCAAGAUUGUCACCGGCGGCGCCCCGCUGCCGCAGGACAUGGCCGGGUUCGUCGGCGCCGUUCGGUAUUACCUCGGCGACCAGGUCUACGACGUCGCGAGGAUGGCGGCCGACCCCGACUGCCCGGCCAUGCCCCUGGGGCUGGAGCGCAUUGCCACUCACCUCGGCUUCGGUCCGCCGUUGGGGAGCCCUCGCCUCGCGGCUGCCGCGGGCGUGCACGCGCUGCAGGUCUUCAUGCGGCUCAAGUACAGAGAGUUGGGCGGCGACGUGGAGAGACACAGAGGUCUGCUUCAAGGCCUGCACUAGCACUAGCUAGGUCGUCCACAAUUUAAAUUCCUGCAUCGGACUGAAGCGGUACUUCUGAUCGAGUCUUUGAAACAAGGAUUGGUAGCUCAGAAAAAAGGGGAAAAAUAUGAAAAGGAGGAUUCGUCUCUCUCUCUCCAGAAAAAAAGAUUGGUAAUUUGGUACUGCAAGUUUCAUAGGUCAAAGUAUUUGAUUUUUUUUAGUAAAAUUUCAUAAUAAUGCUGCCCAUGUAACCAUAUUGGUAAUAAUAAGUUAUACUCCCUCCGUUCGAAAAUAUGUGUCGGGGUUUUAGUCAUAAAACCAUGACAUUUAUUUUUGAACAGAGAGAGUAUAUAUAAAGGAUUAGUAAUUUGGUAAUGCAGUUUUAUAGGUCAAAGUAUUUGAUUAUUUUACUAAAGUUUCAUCGUAAUG